GCGCAGUGGCUCCGAGCGGGCGGUUGCUUGUUGGUUGUUGUAGUAACGGGGGAAGCAGCGGUCUGCGGCUGCUGUGAGCCCGGCUGGGGAAGGAGGAGGGAGGUAGGCGCAGAGCGCUGUCCCCGCCUGCCCACCCCGAGCCAUGGGAAGAUGAAACAGGAAUCUGCCACCCUAAUUGUUUGAUCCAGUGAAUCUGUAAGGAAAGGUCUCUGAGGCCCCCGUCUGCUGACUGCAUGACAAACUCUAAAGGAAAUGCCAGUUGUGAUGGCCCGGGACCUGGAGGAAACAGCAUCAUCCUCAGAGGAUGAGGAGGUGGUAAGCCAAGAGGAUCAUCCAUGUAUCAUGUGGACUGGAGGCUGCAGGAGAAUUCCAGUUUUGGUAUUCCAUGCUGAGGCUAUUCUGACAAAGGACAACAAUAUUCGAAUAAUUGGAGAACGUUAUCAUUUAUCUUACAAGAUUGUACGAACAGACAGUCGCCUGGUACGCAGCAUUCUGACAGCCCAUGGAUUUCAUGAAGUUCACCCAAGCAGCACUGACUAUAACCUAAUGUGGACAGGAUCCCAUCUGAAGCCCUUCUUACUUCGCACCCUCUCUGAAGCACAAAAGGUUAAUCACUUUCCCAGGUCGUAUGAACUAACCCGGAAGGACCGACUGUACAAAAAUAUCAUUCGAAUGCAGCAUACACAUGGAUUCAAGGCUUUUCACAUCCUCCCUCAGACCUUCCUGCUGCCAGCUGAGUACGCGGAAUUCUGUAAUUCAUAUUCAAAGGACCGGGGACCUUGGAUAGUAAAACCAGUGGCCUCUUCUAGAGGGCGAGGCGUCUACCUGAUCAACAAUCCAAACCAGAUUUCCCUGGAGGAGAACAUCCUGGUCUCCCGUUACAUUAACAACCCCCUGCUUAUAGACGAUUUCAAGUUUGACGUGCGCCUCUAUGUGCUUGUGACGUCCUAUGACCCUCUCGUCAUCUACCUCUAUGAGGAAGGGCUGGCUAGGUUUGCAACCGUGCGCUAUGACCAAGGAGCCAAGAACAUUCGGAACCAGUUCAUGCACCUGACAAAUUACAGUGUGAAUAAGAAGAGCGGAGACUAUGUCAGUUGUGAUGAUCCAGAAGUGGAGGAUUAUGGGAACAAAUGGAGCAUGAGUGCUAUGCUUAGGUAUCUGAAACAGGAAGGCAGAGAUACAACUGCGUUGAUGGCCCAUGUAGAAGACCUGAUCAUUAAGACUAUAAUCUCUGCUGAACUAGCCAUUGCCACAGCCUGUAAAACCUUUGUUCCUCAUCGCAGCAGUUGUUUUGAACUCUAUGGCUUUGACGUGCUCAUAGAUUCUACUCUGAAGCCAUGGUUGUUGGAAGUGAAUCUCUCUCCUUCUUUGGCCUGUGAUGCACCUCUGGACCUAAAGAUCAAAGCCAGUAUGAUUUCAGAUAUGUUCACAGUUGUAGGGUUUGUAUGUCAAGAUCCUGCCCAGCGGGCAUCAACCCGGUCAAUUUAUCCCACCUUUGAGUCUUCAAGGCGAAACCCUUUCCAGAAACCUCAGCGCCCAGUAUCUGCACAGUUUCAGUCUUCAAGCACCAAACAGCGUUCCCGUCCACUCUCUGCCAGCGACGCAGAAAUGAAAAACCUUGUGGGCUCAGCCCGGGAGAAGAUGCCGGGGAAGUUAGGUGGCUCUGUGCUCGGUCUGUCAAUGGAGGAGAUCAAAGUUUUACGGAGGGUAAAGGAAGAGAAUGAUCGGAGAGGUGGAUUUAUUCGCAUAUUCCCUACAUCAGAGACAUGGGAAAUAUAUGGGUCCUACCUUGAACACAAGACCUCCAUGAACUAUAUGCUGGCAACACGUCUCUUCCAGGACAGGGGAAACCCAAGAAGAAGCUUAUUGACAGGAAGAACACGAAUGAUCGUUGAUGGAGCACCGGAACUGAAGGUAGAGAGUAUGAAUUCGAAGGCCAAGCUGCAUGCUGCUCUUUAUGAGAGGCAGCUCCUGUCUCUGGAGGUGCGAAAGCGUCGACGGCGGAGCGGCAGGUUGAGGGCCAUGAGGCCAAAGUACCCAGUGAUUACCCAACCAGCUGAAAUGAAUGUUAAAACUGAGACAGAGAGCGAAGAGGAGGAGGAAGUUGCAUUAGACAAUGAAGAUGAAGAGCAAGAAGCUUCCCAGGAGGAGUCUGCAGGGUCUCUUGGAGAAAAUCAAGCCAAAUACACACCCUCACUGACCGUUAUGGUUGAAAAUUCACCCAAAGAAAAUGCUGUGAAAGUUUCUGAAUGGAACAAUAAAGGUGAACAAUGCUGCAAAAUUGAGACUCAGGAGCCAGAGCCUAAAUUUAACCUGAUGCAGAUUCUGCAAGAUAAUGGCAAUCUUAGCAAAGUACAGGCCCGAAUAGCAUUCUCUGCCUAUCUCCAGCAUGUUCAAGUUCGCCUGAUGAAAGACAGUGGAGGUCAAACGUUCAGUGCCAGAUGGGCUGCCAAAGAGGAUGAACAGAUGGAGCUAGUGGUUCGUUUCCUCAAACGAGCAUCAAGUAACCUCCAGCACUCACUGAGGAUGGUAUUACCCAGUCGCAGAUUGGCACUUCUGGAACGCAGAAGGAUCCUGGCCCAUCAACUGGGUGACUUUAUCAUUGUGUACAACAAGGAAACAGAACAAAUGGCUGAAAGGAAAUCAAAGAAGAAACUUGAGGAAGAAGAGGAAGAGGGGGUGAAUACGGAAGACUUUCAGGAGUUCAUCAGACAAGCAAGUGAGGCUGAACUGGAGGAGGUGUUGACUUUUUAUACCCAAAAAAACAAGUCUGCAAGUGUCUUCCUGGGGACUCACUCAAAAAGUUCUAAAAACAGCAACAGUUUUUCUGAUAGCGGGGCAAAGGGUGUGAAACCGAGGAGAUUACUUGAAGAUACAGAGCCGUUGUCGCAUCCAGAUCACCCUGAAACGAUGGAAGAAGUGAAAAUAAAGCAGCCCAAACAGCAACAAGCAACAGAAAUUCACUCUGAUAAGUUAUCUCGAUUUACCACUUCAGCGGAAAAAGAGGCUAAAUUAACCUGUACCAAUUCCUCCUCUACUUCUUUCUCUGGUCCCCCUGCUACUCUUCUGCAGAAAAUUCCCAACACCCAUUUGUCAUCUAUUAUUACAACCUCUGACCUCUCACUAGGACCAGGCCACCAUUCUUCUUUAUCUCAGAUUUCUCCAGCCAUCCCCAGCAUGCCUCACCAGCCAGCAGUUUUACUGAGCACGGUCCCUGACGGUGCCUCUCCCUCCGUACAACCUGGGACACAAAACAUACCAAGCCCUGCUGGCCUGCCACGCUGUCGAUCAGGCAGUUACACCAUUGGUCCCUUUUCCUCUUUCCAAAGUGCUGCACACAUCUAUAGUCAGAAACUGUCUCGUCCCGCCUCAGCAAAGGCAGCAGGUUCAUGCCAUCCAAGCAAGCAGCAUUCAUUAGUAGCCAAAACACAAAAGGAGGGAGAAGAUGGCUCUUCACAUGGCAAACGGUACAACCCCAGUAUGGUUACAGCUGAACUUCAGCGGCUAGCUGAGAAGCAGGCAGCAAGGCAGUAUUCUCCAUCCACUCACAUCAGUCUCCUCACCCAGCAGGUAACAAACCUGAAUUUGGCAAGUGGCGGCAUAAACAGAAGCAGUGCUUCAACUCCCCCUACCCUUCGGCCUGUCAUCAGUCCUAGUGGCCCAACGUGGUCAAUACAGCCAGACCCCCAGGCUCCUGAGAGCUACUCCACCCCUCCUGGAAGCAGGAACCUCCAAACAGGUGGCUUUGCGUGGGAGGGAGAGGUAGAGAACAACGCGUAUAGCAAGGCUACCGGGGUGGUCCCCCAGCACAAGUAUCACCCCACAGCGGGCAGCUACCAACUCCAUUUUGCCCUGCAACAACUUGAACAGCAAAAACUUCAGUCCCGGCAGCUUCUGGACCAGAGUCGAGCCCGGCACCAGGCGAUCUUUGGCAGCCAGACACUACCUAACUCCAGUAUGUGGACAAUAAAUAAUGGUGCAGCUUGCAGAAUUUCAAGCGCCACAGCUAGUGGCCAGAAGCCAACUCUGCCACAAAAAGUGGUACCACCUCCAAGUUCUUCCUCCUCCCUAGUCCCCAGACCUCCAUCUAAUCACAAACAAGUCCUCAGAAAGGCAACAUCCCAGAGGGCUUCCAAAGGGUCCUCCGCAGAAGGGCAGCUGAAUGGACUACAGAGCAGCCUGAACUCUGCGGCCUUCGUGCCCAUCACCAGCUCCGCAGAUCCUGCUCACACUAAACGAUGAACCACAAACCGGCGGAGGAAGAACCUAUUCACUAGUCCCACUACUCCUGGGUGCGUGACUGCCAGGGAAGCAUCCACCAGUGCUGCAAGGGGUGCAGAGUGUUUUUUUUGCUGCCUCAGUCCCCAAUGCCUUCAAGCAGAAGUGGCAGUAGAUUGUUGCCUACCAGCCAAUCCAGACUCUUCCUGAGACGACAGGAAAACAUUUCAGCUAGGUUUCGAUGGACCUUGGCAGUGGGGACAUUCAGCUGAUGCAUUAUAUUACCCCAUCAGAGCACACGUGUAUCUUUUACCCCUUCUGCCCCCUCCCCAACCUGUAUAGGUCUCCUCUGUCCCUCUCCUGCUACCGCACAGAGAUGAUAUAAAAGAGGCUCUUUGGCUAUUUGCAUUUUGCUUCCUCUUCUUUUCCAGAUUGCAGUAUUAAGCUUUAUCUCCUACAAGCCUAAAAUCCCAACAACAGUAUCUACCAAAGUUGUUCUUCCCUUUCCAGAGGGUUUAGGGGGAAGGGGGAGCUUACAUCACAAGUCUCCCAGAGAGUGGAGGAAAGUCGGUGUGCUGCUGACCACAUGAGCCAUGGUAAAGGCGCCCUUUGGAAUUACUGAUUUCUAAAACUAAUAAAGUAAGUCUAUUUUUA